AUGAGUUUCGGAUUAUGGAUCCAAUACUACAACCAAAGACUGGUAACCGAUGUAAAGGACAUGAUUGCCGACACGUAUGUGUACCCAGUAGUGGACAGUCGUAUCAAUGUCUCACUCCUGAUGAUAAUGAGCCUGGGUAUUAAGAAGAUUGUGUUGACGAUAGAGAAGCGCUUAUUUCAAGUGAUUGUACCGACGGUUACAUUCAAGAGGGAAGUGGAGGAAAGGGAGAGACAGUUGAAGACACAUAUUAACCACGACUACGAGAAUAACGGCGGAAAUAAUCACGAUUAUGAGUCCAUAGAUAAUGUGAAACGUGAGACUGGAUAAUAAAACACAUAAUGUGCUACUGUAUUGGCUAAUCUUGUUUGAAA